AAUCGAAAGUGGAAGUAGCCAAUUUAUUGUCUCUCUGCAGAGUGAACCUUCGUUUGGAGUUGAAUUUUUAAACUGUGUUUUUACAUGGCUCACGAGAUUUAAAAUUUUACAACAAAUGUUGUGUUUUUUUGUGAAUCAAGAUACCCUUUGAAGCGUAUCUAAGACUGAAAAUCUGACUCCUCCCUUUAGUCUUCAGACUUCAGUCAGUUCGAGCAGUAGUGUGCAGUCACCAGAGUAGUGUUACAGAACAGUUACACUACUAGAUCUACUACAGUGUAGUGUAAUGCCAUUGGACAUGACAUGAUUGGAGUUAUUUGGACGGACUUGAAGUAGGUUCUUAAAAUUUAACAAUAUGAUGAUGAACACCAUAAGAAGAAAAUUGAUUGAGGGCAUAAUAUGUGCUGCAAAACACACCAGGCAUUGCCAUAGAUUUAUUUGUGUCAAUAAUGCAACACUGAGGCGUACAGAUCCUGCCUUCCUGAGAAAUGGAAUCUUUAAAUGGAAUGUUGUGAGGAGUGUUUCUUGCAAGUCAAGGACUACACAGUAUCAUUCACCAAUAAAAGUUUGCCAACAAAGGCUGAUUUCUUCUUCAAAUGGUGUUGGAGAUGCUGAGUCAGAUGGACGUGGAGAAGAAGAAAACUUUGGGAGAUAUGUUCGUGAGAUAUGUGCCAUACCUGGUAUUGGUCACAGAGUGAUGGUCAUUCAGCCAGAUAUCAAGGCAGGAGCAAAACGAUAUGUUAUGACAUCUCGUGAGCUGAAGUUAGAAGAAACGUGUGCCCUGGUCAGAACAUUGCCUAACUGGAGAGUGGUGGAAAAGAGGUUUGUGAGAACAGAUCAAGAAAAUACAAAUCAAGUGUUUGGAUCAGGAAAUUUUGCAACGUUAUUGCGAGAGAUUAGGGGCAAGGGGAACAUCAGUGCUGUGGUGAUUGGGAUAGACCGGCUCAAAUCUGCUCAGCUGGAAACUCUGCAGAGAGCAUGGCGUAUACCAGUAUUUGACAGGUACACUGUAGUGUUGCAAAUCUUCAAAGAUCAUGCACAAUCUUCUGAGGCUAAACUUCAAGUUGCUUUAGCGGAAAUCCCAUAUAUUAGGUCAAGACUGGACCUCAUUCACUGUGGACUCGAUGGCUCUGGCUUUGGCAAAUUUGUUGGUGGAGGCACACCCAUGCCUCUUGAUCGACGUCGUGAGUUGCUACAGAGAAGAGAAAGCAAAUUGAAGAAGGAUCUUGAAAAAUUACAUGGGAAGCGUCAAGAGUUGAGGAAACAAAGACAGGAAAACAGUGUUCCCACCGUCGCUGUUGUUGGAUACACAAAUGCAGGAAAAACCAGCCUGAUCAAAGCCCUAACAGACGAUCUGUCAUUGAAGCCACAGAACCAGCUGUUUGCCACGUUGGAUGUGACCUCUCACGAAGGAUGUCUGGCCUCUCACAUGAGGGUGACUUUCAUCGACACCGUUGGUUUCAUCUCUGACAUGCCGAUCACGCUUCUGGACGCGUUCAGAGCUACACUGGAAGAUGCCAUGAUGGCGGAUGUUGUUCUCCACAUACGAGAUGCGAGUCACCCAGACAAAAAACUCCAGGUGGUCUCUGUACAUAAGACAUUACAGCGUAUGUUGACCAGUCAACAAUUGAGCAAUAUGAUAGAAGUCUACAACAAGGUGGACCUCCUGUCGGAAGAAGAGCUUGGUGAGCUUGACAGCAACAUUUUGCCGGUCUCCGCGGUGACGGGCCAGGGCUUCCAGGAGCUGGGCAUGCGUUUGCAGACGGCACUGAUGGCGGCCACAGACAGGAUGGAGAAAGUGUUCCGUAUACCCAACAGCGAAGUCAUGCUUCAGUGGUUGUACCAGGAAGCUGCCGUGAAGUCUGUUGAGCCAGAUCCCAAAGAUGGGCAGUUCCUGAUAGUUCAAGUCAUCAUCUCCAAGCGAGCUUAUGGCAUAUUCAGGGCAAGAUUCACUCAAAAGAAGACAAAGACCUCCUCAGUAUAAAAGUUUCUUUAGAAAGUUGUUGAUUUUGUUCUCUGCUGUGAUAUGGGAUGAGUUAUAAAAUAAAAUUAAUACAUUUUCAUA